AUGGCUCCUCCAUUCCGCACUGAGCAUGUUGGCUCUCUGAUGCGCCCAGCAAAUCUCCUGGCGGCUCGCUCUGCUGCUGGUGUCACAUCUUCGUAUUCUCGAUUAACGGAAGAUGUUCAAGCUGUCACUGAAAAGGCGAUCGCUGAAGUUGUCGCCAGGCAAAUCGAGCUAGGCAUUCGCCCAAUCACCUCUAGAGAAUAUGAGCGAAACAUAUUCUACUCCGGAUUCUUUGAAAAUCUCCAGGGCAUGGAAGUUGUCGAGGCAAUCCCAGUUGACCAAGGCUAUCGCACCGGCUUUCCAACCCUCAAGAUGCUGAAGAGUCUUGGCAUUCCUACUCGCGAUUCUGUCGUUGCUGUCGAUCGCAUUAAAAACACUGAUUCCCCUUGUCUAUCAGAGUGGAAAUCUUUGCGGAGCCGACUUUCUCAAGAACAGUGGAAGGAUUUCAAAUUGACCAUGCCUCCAAUAACGCACAGCCAUAUGCAGAUGGCAAUUGGGACCGCCUACCGUCCAAAUGCCUAUUCAUCAGACCAGGAAUACUUCAAAGAUCUCGCAGAGGCAUAUGCGGCCGAGUUUCUUGUACUCUACAACGAAGGGCUGCGUUCAAUCCAGAUCGACGACCCGUGUCUUUUGUUCUUCGUGACGGAUGAAUUCCGAUCUGGCUGUGUUGCGGAUGGUGUAGACCCUGAUGAGUUACUCGACCAAUAUAUCUGGGCACACAAUCAGUGUCUACUCGGAAAACCCGCAGACCUUCAUGUUGGACUGCACCUGUGCUGUGGAAACAUGACCUGUUCAACUCAUAUCAUGAGCGGAUCGUACGAGCGCAUUGCCAAGAAAAAGUUCACCGAAUUGGCUUAUGAUACGUACUACCUUCAAUACGACACCGAGAGGGCUCCUCUCCGCCAUUUGCCCACCGGCAAGAACGUCAUUUUAGGCAUAGUUUCUACCAAGUCGCCGGAGCUGGAGGAUUUGGACGUACUUGUUACUCGUGUGAAUUCCGCAGCGGAGGUCAUAGCUCGUGGACAGGGUCGCAGUGUGGAUGAAGUGUUAGAAUCAUAUGAGCUCCGGCAGGGGCAGUGGAAUGACGAUGAACAUUAUGUGGGAAAAGCUAGUCUUGGUUGA